AUGAAAGUACUACAAUUCAAUCAAGAUGCGACAUGCUGUGUAGUGGCCGCAUCAUCGCACCAAAUUUCGAUUUAUAACUGUGACCCCUUUGGUAAAUGCUUUGAAAUUGACACUAAGAACUCAAAAAACAGGAAUUCAAACAGCAAUGAUACAGCUACAAACUCAGAAUCACAGAAUAAUGAGGACAGUAUAUUGAUAAGCAAUGGUUCCCGCGAUCGCGGUGAUAUAGAGGAUGAGGAAGAUAGUGAGGAUAAUGCCCUCGUUACAGGAAAUAUACUGAAAGAAGGAGAGUUUGUUAUUGAGAUGCUGUUUUCAACGAGCCUUAUUGCAAUCGCAGAUAGAGGACAAGGUUUAAACAAAGGUAAGAAACUCAAGAUUGUGAACACGAAAAGAAAAUCUACCAUUUGUGAAAUAGUUUUCCCACACGAAAUUGUCGAUGUGGUUAUGAAUAGGAAACGAAUGUGCGUACUUCUUGAAAGUGACCAAAUAUUCAUCUAUGAUAUAUCUUGUAUGAAGCCAUUAGAAACUAUCGAUCUUUGGGAAGAUCAUUACAAGAGGUCACAAGCUAAUUCAUCCUUAAACGUUUCGAACUCGGGUGCUUUAGAAGGAGACACUGCAAAUUUGAACAGAACAGCUAGUAAUUUACUAUCGAAUGCCACGCACAAGGGAGUGAAUGGCUCUAAUACCGGUGUGAGAAGUAGAAGAAACUCUUUGAGAAGUAAAAUAAGGCCAAGAAUGGUUUUAAGUAACGAUGAUAGAAGUAUAUUGUGCUUUACUGCAUACAGCUCACCUAAGAAAAAUAAGCCCAACACGGAAGCAUUAUAUGAUGUGGUAAUUUAUGACACACUGAACGUGACCCCAAUUAACUACUUGAAUUCUGUACAUAAGGGAAAUGUUGCAUGCUUAGCAGUAAGUCAUGACGGUAAACUGCUUGCCACAGCAUCUGACAAAGGAACCAUAAUAAGGGUUUUUCAUACGGGUGUAGAUUCAGAUUAUAUGUCUUCGAGAUCAUUGUUUAAAGAAUUUAGGCGCGGCACCAGAUUAUGCAAUUUAUAUCAGCUGGCUUUCGAUAAGAGUAUGACUAUGAUUGGAUGUGUAGGUGAUACAGACACUAUUCAUAUUUUUAAACUUGAUGAAGGUUCUAAUAGUCUCGUUGGAGAUACUUCUAGCAAUGGUCAGUGGAAUGAAGAGGAGGAAAUACUAGCAGCAAAUUCUAACCCCAGUAUGAGCACCGCAAAAGAAAUAUCUCUCUCAAAGCCAAGAAUUGCGAAUUAUUUCUCCAAGAAAAUAAAAUCGUCGAUACCAAAUCAGAAUCUAAGCCGUAAUUUUGCUCGUAUAACAGUUAAUGAAUCGAAAAGGUGUUGUUUAGGGUUUCCCGAUGAAUUUCCUAAUCAAGUUUAUGUUGCCUCGGAUGAUGGAACCUUCAGUAUAUAUAGCAUUCCGUCAAGACCUGGUGAGUGUGUUUUGACUAAAAAUAACAAAUUCACGUAG